ACGAAUUAAACGGAGCCUACGCACUUUAGAUGAAGGAUCAUGGGAUUGUAGUGUGUGUACAUACAAGAACAAUCCUGAGGCAUUUAAGUGUGAGAUGUGCGAUGUACGAAAAGGAACAUCAACAAGAAAGCCUCGAUUGAACCCCCAGUUGGUUGCUCAACAGCAGGCACAACAAGCUUUAGCACAGCCACCACCAACUAUCAAACAGACCACUAGGAAGGAGAACAGAAGGAGUACAGAAACAAAAAGAAAUAGGCCAAGGUUAAAAAAUGUGGACAGAACUUCGGCUAUCACAACUGAAGUAACAGUUAAUGAUAUUCCCGUUGUCAUCACAGAAUACAAGGAAAAGGUUCACUCAAGAUCUUUGAAUGCAGAAUCCAGUAGUAGCCAGGCAAGCCUUGAUAAUACUAAUAAUCAUGUAUGAACCUUUACAUGCAAGGAAUUGUGGACUUAGAAGGAGCUUUGAUAACGUAUUUUGUGGUUGAACACGUAUCUCCUUGCUGACAAAUCAUAUUCUGGAAUAAAAGGUGGUAAUUUUUGGUGAUAAUUUACUAAGCCUUUAUGACACUAAUGCACAUACUUUGUAAUACAGGAAUUUACUAUUUAGACAGUGGUUGUAACUGCUGACAAUUAUAGUAGCAGUGCAUUGAAUGUGAAACAGUUGGAAUAGUGUAAGUUCUAUUUAAAGCUUUUGGAGUUGUUUUUGCAUUUUGGUGUCAAAAACUAUGUAUAUGCGAAGUGUUCCCAUGGAAAAAAAUGGACAAAAUCACACGUUAACAUUUGAAGAAAAUCAAUAAUUAAGUUUGAUAAUUUUAGUGUAUGAUAAUAUCUGUCAUCCGACAAAAUUUCAACAUCUGACAAUUAUAACUUGCAGUGUUGUUAAUUUAUAUUGAUCACUGAGCUAUCAAUCAAAAUUGUAGAAUUUUUUUUCACAAAAAAUAGAUUUUAUGUACCGUGCAACCCCUCCUUUGGGACAUCCCUAUUAAGGGGACACCCUUAUGAAGGGGACACAUUAUUCUGAAACAAAGGGAAAUAUCUUUUUUAAUACUACGGCCAACACCUGUUAAGGGGACACUAUUAUAAGGGGAUAGGAACACUCUAUUAAUGCAGUGGGGACAAUUUUUGGGUGCUAAGUGGUUAGAUCAACACAUUUUCUACCCAUAGUACUCGGCAUGCUAGUCACUGGUAGCCAAAUUUUCUAUCAAAGAAUGGCUAAUAAUAAUAAUAGUAAUUAAUAUAAUUAAGGGACACUAUUUUUUUAGUGUAUCACUAAUUGUUUAUUAUCGUAUCACCACAACUAAAUAGACUCAAAAUAACAAUAUUUCGUUAAAAUUUAUAUUUUUGAGCCAUAAAUUUAACAUCAAACUAGAAUUUUAUUCUUCAUCCUUAAAAUCAUGGAUAUCAGAAUAGGCACACUGUGUGUGUGUUACUUUGUAUAAUCUUGUUAAUUUUUAUCCUUAUUAGGGGAUUUACUAAUUGUUUUCUCUCCUUUCUGUAUACUUUCAUAUAUACACAAUAUACUGUACCAAGGGUUCUCAACUGGUCCAUGAUAUUAGGCCGGCAAGCAAAAGCCGAAAAUAGGUACUGUAUAAUUAUAGUAAAAGCUGCUAGGCAUAUUGCAUCAUUUCAUGCUACAAUACCAAUGUUGUUUGGAUGUGGGAAUGGCCUCUAGACCCUAGCUCAUUUUGCAACCUUGAAUGUUCAUGGACCUUCAAUUAGAAUCAAUCUCCAAACUUGGACCCUGUUAAAAUGUAGUUGAGAACCCCUGGUAUACUGUAAAUCCAUACCAUAUCCUGCACCCUCUGAUUAACGGAAGUCGUUACUCUAUUCAUGAUGCUUCUACCUGUCACAGCACUUGAAUCAUGGAACAAUAUACAAAUUUUGUUGUUUUACAUUUACAUCUAUUUUAUUUUCAUAUCAUAAAUGUACUGUAUUUGCAUUGCUAAUAGUUACAAAGAAGUUUAACUGCUGUAUUUGUAACUCAAUCUUAGAUAAAUUUAAAUAAAAUUAUAAAGAAGCAUUCUA